AUGAGCAGUGAUGGCACGCCGCAGCUGGCGGCUCUGAAGCAGCAGCCAAGUGACACUACCAUCAUUGAUAGAACCAUGCAUCUCUUUGGUACCACCCAGCAAAGUUCACAUGAGUGCGACAUCGACUCUCUUCCGCUUGAGUUUCUCUCCACGAACCGCGUGGUGUCGGUUUUGGAGAAGGCCAUUGAGCGGUUGGAGCUGCUGGGUCUUUUGGAUACAACGGCACCCGACGAGGGGGCCACUCGUCCAUUUUUCCCCGCGAUUGGCAGCACCACAAAUGUAGGGGAUGCCGGCCGGAACAAGUCUUCCUCUUCUUUCACACCGCGUAAGGCGGCGGUGAUGGUUGCCAGGAACGAGGAGAUCUCAACCAGGACAGUUUCUGAGCUCAACUCGGCGUUGUUGGCUGUUGCAAGCACACAACGUACCGGGCGCCCCACCGUGGCGGAUUUGGUGGAGGAGCAGCAACGGCUGGAGUUGCGCUACGGAGAGCUGUUGCGUCGGGCGAAAAAGGCGAAGCCAAGUCCUAAUGAACCGGAGCUGGACCCGAGUUGCUUUGCCGCCGUUCAAGACACGGAGCGGGCGGCUGUUAUGGAGGAAUUAAGGCAGACAUCGCGACGACUGCGUGAGCACAAUAAGGCACUUUUUAUUCAACUCAAAGAUAAUCCCAAUGAUGUGGACAACUGGAAAAAGAUUGGAAAUGAGAGGUCCGAGUUGAUUCAAUUGCUGCAGGCUCUUAUACGGGAACUGACAUCAGGAUACAACGCUGCGAAGGCGGCUGUUACACAAGGAGGAUUACCACGCCCCAACAGUAGACGCAAGCGCUCCGGUGUCUCGGAGAGCAUAGGGACGGAGUCAAGGGAGGCUACGAUGUCUAUCGUGAAAAAUCGCUUUGGUAGCACCAUUCAAAUGAAGCGAAGUGUACGAGGCCCUGUGGGACCUCGUAUCCCUCUAGCAUCGUUCUUUGAACGCUUCGCCAAGUUAAUUUCAGACGAGCAGAAUGCUCAACGCUGGGCCGAUGAGCUACUUCUCAAGGAGAAGGAAAUGAAUCAGAAUGUGAAGCAGCUUCAGUACGACCUCAAGGCUGAGAAGGUGCUGAAGGAGAAGGAUAUAGCCGAACGUCGCCAACGCAUCGCCGAACUGAAGGUCAAGGUAAGACUGGAAAAGAAGCAUGUAAAGGAGCAGAGUGAGGUGGUACGUGCCGAGGUAGAGGCUUUGAAUGAGGCGAGGCAACGUGCCGCUCGUGAUGAGGAGCGCGUGGUGCUCGAACAAAUACGUGGACUGGAGCAGGAGGAACAAAUGGAGAGUCGGGCGCAUGCGGACUUCAAGGAGCACCUCAUAGAGCGUACCGAGGCGAUGGAUGAACUUGCGAGCCAGUGGGAGAAAAAGAACCAGACUGAGAUUAAGCGGGUUGAGGCACGCAAGAUUGACGUUGAACAGAUGCGGCAACAAUGUGCGGAGCGGUUGCAAAAGGCAUUGAAGGACAAGGAAUUUGAGCUGCAGCUUAAGUCACAGAGGGAUGAGGAACGCAACCAGGAGGAAGCGGAAAGGACGGCAGCGGAAGCUCAGGCAAACCGGGAAUACGACGCGGUUUCGCAGAUUCAGUCUGCAAUUCGAGCCAUGUUUACACGACAGGCUCUCAUUAUUCUUAAGAAGAAGAACAGGAAAAAGCGGAAGGCAGAAAAGAAAUAA